AUGGCUAAACUUCAUAAUUACUACGUGUUAUGCCCACUUCUCGAUCAAAAAAGUUUUUUAGGCGUAUCUCAAAAUAAAGAAGCUGCUACUGUUAUCGUCUCUUUAGGUCGAAAUGUUGUUAAUAAAUAUAGGUUUUCAGAUCAAAAACAAGUUGGUGGCUGGACUUCUAAGGACCACAUUACUUCAACUGUUAUAUAUGACAAAGAACAAGACAGUUAUGUUGGAGUGUUUAACAACAACUCAAUUAAAAUAUGGAAAGAACACACUGACAGCUUAGACAAAAUCAAAAAGCAAAAAUUUCCAAUAAACAUUUUGAAACUUAUAACAAGGGAAAAUCAAUCGCCGUUAAUCAUAUUUACAAAUGGCAACUGUGCUUCACUUUCAUUUGCAUUAGACAAUAGAAAAAGCUUUGAGAGUAAAUCCAUAGUGAGAGAAGCUGGCCAGAUGAUGUGUAUAUUGUUGGCCACCUUAUUAGCACCGCUGAGAAAUUGGGUGUUUAUGUGUUAUGGAGUGACUCUAAGUUAUCAGUUUACAACUUUGAAAAGAAAGAUUGGAGAA